GUCCACCGAGCGCCCAGCCAGCUGGGAAAGACCGCCCUCGCCCCCGGAGUCGCCAUCGACAGCUGACGAGCAGUCGACCGUCCGCCCUCUGGCCCUAGCGAGUGGCCGUCGCCAAAGCGCCUUCAGCAACACCGCAACCUCGCGAUUCGCUGCACAGCGGUCGUGGGGGAGCGGACUGGCGAUUUCGCAUCCGCAACACUCGCUAAGUGAUUCACAGCUGAGUUACUUGCGAGCUUGGGUGCACUUCUGGUGAACUGGGAGCCCAUUUGUGUGUCAGUAACAGCGGCCAAUCUUGCUUGCUUGUUCUGCACAACGACUGGGACCCGACUGGCCAGUCGGUUGGGCUGCCCUGGGAAGGCCGAACGCGCUCCGUGCUCGCACACCGCGCUCCGCACUUACCCGCACCGAGGCUGACUCCGGGCCCACGCCCCUGUCCCCUCCUGCACCCUUCCGCUGCAGUGCUCGCCGACCCGGCGCAGCCCGCCAGCCAGCUCUGAGCUGACCAGCCGAGCGCCACCAUCACGGGGUCAGGCAUGACCUCGCCACCCCAGUCGGACCAGGGCCGAGGCCUGCGCCGCAGCCUUCGCGUGCAGGGGCGCGCCACCGCUGCGGCGGCGGGCCCGUCUGCCGCUGAGCGCGUCCAGGCUCACGGCCCCGCGCGGCGGGUGGCCGCCGAGGCACCAGAAGCCGCCGCAGCGCACGCCGCCGCUGCUGCCGCUCCCGCCCCCGCCGCCAUCCUUGCGCCCCUCGCCGCUGCCGGAGCCGCCUACGGCGUCGCUGCUGCUGCUGCACCCGUCGCCGCCGCCGCACCCGCCUUCGCCGCCCCCGCGCAGCCGCCCGCCGCCGCUGGAGCCGCCUACGGCGUCGCUGCUGCUGCUGCACCCGUCGCCGCCGCCGCACCCGCCUUCGCCGCCCCCGCGCAGCCGCCCGCCGCCGCUGGAGCCGCCUACGGCGCCGCUGCUGCUACCGCGCCCGGCGCCGCCGCCGCACCCGCCUUCGCCGCCCCCGCGCAGCCGCCCGCCGCCGCUGGAGCCGCCUACGGCGCCGCUGCUGCUACCGCGCCCGGCGCCGCCGCCGCGCCCGCCUUUGCCGCCCCGGCGCAGCCGCCCGCCGCCGCUGGAGCCGCCUACGGCGCCGCUGCUGCUACCGCGCCCGGCGCCGCCGCCGCACCCGCCUUCGCCGCCCCCGCGCAGCCGCCCGCCGCCGCUGGAGCCGCCUACGGCGCCGCCGCUGCUGCCGCGCCCGUCGCCGCCGCCGCACCCGCCUUCGCCGCCCCCGUGCGGCCGCCCGCCGCCGCUGUAGCCGCCUACGGCGCCGCUGCUGCUGCCGCACCCGUCGCCGCCGCCGCGCCCGCCUUCGCCGCACCCGCGCAGCCGCCCGCCGCCGCUGGAGCCGCCUACGGUGCCGCUGCUGCUGCCGCCGCCGGCCCCUCGGCCACCGCCGCCGGCCUGCCUCCCCGCCACCCUGGCCGCGCGCAGUCCGUCAGCAACUUCGACCAAGCGUUGCGCAGGGCUUUCGGCGCGCCGGCUGCCCCCCGCAGCGUGCGUGCCACGCCCGCGGCGGGGGUGGGGCUGCAGGGGGCCUUCCUGGCCCUGGGCGUUCCGGAUGCCCUCCGCCGCCGUGGGCGCACUUGGGCCUCCGAUGCCACGGGGUCCAGCGCCAGCUCCUACCGGCCCUCUGACAGCGCGUCGGAGACCUCCUCGACCGCGGACACCGCCUCCGGCCGCCGGCGGGCCGCUGCGCGCGAGCUCACCGAGCUGUCCCCGGCUGGCGCCAACCACGGCCGGCGCGUGUGCAACAACCCCGCCUACGAGGAGGAAGAGGAGCUGCAGGCUGCCAUCGCCCGGUCCCGUCGUGACACCGGCCACCCCAGGCCGCCGCCGCCAGCGGGCCGCGCGGCAGCGUUGCUGACUGAGACGGCCGUCACCGUGCACGAGAUGCUGGGUGGUGGCCCCACCGGUGGGCUGGCAUUGGGAGGGCUGGCGCCGGCGGCCUCCCCGCCGCGCCUGGACCGCGCGCGGCGGCGGCACCUGCUCAACCUCGCCGCCAGCAGCCGGCCGUCGGCCUCAGCGGCCUCGAGCUCCUCCGGCCGCUCCGGCAGCUCCCGCCGCACCACCUCCACCUCCGCUCGCUCCGGGAGCGAGUCCAUGCACUCCGCGCGCAGCCAGCAGCCGUCUGCGUCGCAGCACAUCCACCUGCACGUGCACCCCGGGCCUUCUCCGGCCGUGGCAGCUGCCCCGCCAGCCGCCGACGCCGGGGCCGACUUCUUCCCCCACCUGGGCGGCUUGCGAGCCCGGUACGGGCGCCUCCACGCCGCGCUCGGGCCCCCCGCGCCGGCUGCAGCCGCAGCACCAGCCGCCGCCGCCUUGCCCGCCGCUGCUGCUGCCGCUGACGCUCCUGCCCCGCCGGCAGCCGCCGCCGGGCCUGGGCCCGACGCCGCCGCGCCCCAGCCCCCGGUCUCUGUCGUCAACAUGGCGUCUUCGUCCAGCUCAAGCUCGGCGCCGGCGAGCGCCGGCGGCUGCCCUCUGUGGCCGAUGCCCCUGCCGGCGUGGCAGCCGCACCUGCUGGCGCAGCUGGACCACGCCGCCGCCGCGGCUGCGCCCCCGGCGGCCGCAGCUGGGGCCCCACCGGCGGCUCUAGCUGGCGGCAGUGGUGGAGUGGCACGCACGGGCAUGGCUGCUGCCCAUCUGGCGGCGGCGGGCCCCGCCAACGGGGCCCCGCUCAGCAGUGCAGGCGCCGCCUGGCCUUCGGCGGCAGCAAUGCUGCGGCCGGCGCGCCCCAUUCCCUCGUGGAGUCAGACCGGGCGGCAGCAGUACGACGGCGAGCGCGCCGGGCGGGCCAGGUUCAUGGUGGACGCGCACGGCUACACUGAGGAGCAGGCGGCGUGCGCCGACAUCAACAGCCCCUAUGCGCAGGACCCGCGCCUAAUCGCCCGCGCCCUCAUCAACGGCGCAUCCGUCCCUGAGUCGCGGGCCUGGGUGUGGAACAACGAGGAGCUCGACGGUGGCCAGCGCACGCUUGAGCGGCAUCGCGGGCGAUGGGUCGCGGUGGGCGGCAGCCUGGUGGACUGGCGCGGGCAGGCCUUCAUCGACGCGGACGGCACCGUGCGGGUGCCGCACGUGGCGCAUUUCUGGCUGGCGGAGUUCCUGGCGGCCAUGCACACGCCGGCGAGCUUCGGGCCGUCGCCGCUGUUCGGCUUCACCCUGGGCGCCACCGAGGCCGCCACCGCCGCCGCGCAGCGCUUCCUGUCCCUGCACCGCGCGGACACGGCGCUGUGCCACAAGGACAUGCUGGGCAAGGUGUUCAGCGAGGGCGUCAUGCGCACCGCCGUCACGCAGCCGUGGCGCGACCUGUUCAUCAUGAACCUCACGCGCGAGCAGAAGGCGCUGCCCGAGGGGCAGGUGCUCUCCGUGACGCUGGUCGCCAACUGCCUCGCGGAGGCGCAAGCGGCCUUCCGCGGCAUCGCCGCACCCACCCCAGCCGCCGCGGUGCAUGUCACGGCUGCCUCUUCGGCCGCCGCCAGCCCUGCCCCCGCCGCCGCUCCCGCCGCCCCUGCUGCUCCCGCCGCCCCGGCCGCCCCUCCUGCGCCGGCUGCGGCGGCGCCAGCCGCCGCAGCUCAUGCGCACCAGGUCAACCAGCUGCCGGUCGUCUCGCAAGCGGACCUCAUGCGGCGUGAGAACCUCGUGCCGGACACCACCGUCAACCAGCGGAAGCCCGGCGAUGCGCAGUGGUGCCUGUACCACCAGACCAGUCACCACGCGGCGGACCAGUGCCGUGCCUACUCUGCCCUGGUGUCGUCCAACCGGGCCCGGGAGGCGGCGCGCCGUAUCGCGACGGGUGAGGGCGCCCGCGCCUUCCACAAGGCGCCGGCGCCGGCGCCGGCGCAGGCCCACGCGCACGUCACUGCCGCGCUACCCGCCGAGACCGCCCAGCCAGCUUCUGCCGCCGCGCUCUGCCCGCCCCACCGUGCCGCGCGCCGCGAGCUGGCGGAUGACCUGAGCGUGGCCACGGUGCGUUCGCUGUAUGACACUGGCGGGCACUCGGAGCGGCCGCCGCUGCCAUCGGCGACCGCGGCCGUCAGCCACAGCCAAGUUGCGGGUGCCUCAGGGAUGGAGCUGGGCGACUGCUGGGAUGCCGAGUUCGGGCCGGCCCACAUCUUCCACCUGGCGGCGCGGCCCCCCAGCUCUGGGCCGAUGCAGUCCGCCCUGCCGCUGUCGUUCCAGCCGCUCCCAGCCGCUGCCGCCCGCCGCUGCGCCCCUGCCCCUGCCGACGGCGCCGCCACCCCCACCGCCUCCUCCUCCACCACCUCCGCCGCGUGCCCCUCCGCCACCACCGGCAGUGACGCUGCCGCCUCCACCUCCACCCGGCCCGCAGCAGCGAUACCAGCAGCCACCGCCGCCAGCAGCGACGGGGCGCCCAGCGGGGCCGACAACCGCGUGCGUGCCCACCUGAACGACGCCAAGUUUGCCGCGCUUCACGCCGUGCUGCGGGACCAGGGCCUGCAGAUCACACGCCUGGAGGGCGAUGUGCGGCGCUAUGCCCGGCUGCUCCGGCGGCUGGACGCGCAGGCCGCGGCAGGCUGCACCCACCACUCGGCCAUGAAGCUCGGCCGGGGCGUUGGGCCGCUGUUGUUGGUGGACGGGCUGUCGUCGCAGGGCACCCCCUACGCCGCCGCGCUGCCCGACCCCGCCAGCGAUGUCACCCUGACAGUGACCGAGGCCGCCAGCUCCCGUGGGCUGCCACUGCAGUACGACACCGGCAUCUACGUGUCCAGCGUCGGCGGCGUCACCAGCGAGCUGGCGCAGAUCCGGGGUGGCCUGCCACUGACGGUGCUGGCGGGCACGGAGCAGCAGCACACCACACGCGUCGUCUGCUUUGUGGUGCCGGGCCCGCAAGUCUUCGACAUCCUGCUCGGCACCAACUGGCUCAUUGAUGCCUACCGCAGCGUGUGGGACGCGGGCCGCAACAUGCUGGGCCUCCGCCUGCCUCACCAGCCGGACGCCAGCCCGCCGGCGGUAGAGCUGCCGCUGCGCCAGCGCAACCGCGCCGCCGGUGCCUGCCACGCUGUCUCGUCCGGGCGAGCGCCCGACACCAGCACCAGCCGCACGGUGAUCGCUGCAGCCCUGGCCUGCGUCGCCGCCCCCACGGCGCGGUCCCACACAGAUGCAGUCGGCGUGCCGCCCCUGACGGGCACGGGUGCGGGGACCGGUGGCUGCACGUCAGGCGGCCGCAACGGCCCCGAGUCCGACGAAGAGAGCAGCGACUACGAGUCCGGCGAGGAGAGCAGCGACUACGAGUCCGGCGAGGAGAGCAGCGGCUACGAGUCUGGCGAGGAGAGCAGCGGCUACGAGUCCGGCGAGGAGAGCAGCGGCCACGAGUCUGACGAGGAGAGCAGCGAUGAUGACUCUGGCGGAGGAGGCUCGCCGAGCGCCAGCGCCGGCAGCGCGCCCAUUGCACCCGGCCCGCCGACCGCGCGCCCCACCGACGUCCUCUGCGAGCGCUGCGACAGCUGGGACCACCACGCCCGCAGCUGCCCUUGGCGCUGCGACCAGCUGCCGUGCAUCCGCUCCUUCAACGAGGCGCAGCGCCGCUGCGCGGAAGCGGCCGUGGCCUGCGGCCCGGCAGACGUUGCAGCUGAGCGCGCCCGCGACCCCGCGCGGUCCCCCUGCCGCGCAUUCCCCACCGCGUCGCCAUCGCCUCCGCCACCUCCACCGGGCUCUGCUGCGUCGUCGCCGCCCCCGCCGCCUCAGCCGCCCAGCUCCGGGUUGCCUCCGCCGCUGCAGCCGCCAGGCUCCGUGUUGCCUCCGCCGCUGCAGCUGCUGGCCGCCGCUGCACCGUCGCCGGCCGAUGCCUGGGCACCGCCGUCGCCGGGCUCUGCUGCGUCGUCGCCGCCUCGGCCGCCCCAGCCGCCAGGCUCCGUGUUGCCUCCGCCGCUGCAGCUGCUGGCCGCCACUGCACCGUCGCCGGCCUAUGCCUGGGCACCGCCGUCGCCGGGCUCUGCUGCGUCGUCGCCGCCCCCGCCGCCUCAGUCACCAGGCUCUGCGUCGCCUCCGCCGCUGCAGCUGCUGGCAGCCGCUGCGCCGUCGCCAGCCCACGCCACGGCACCGCCGUCGCCGGGCUCUGCUGCGUCGUCGCAGCCUCGACCGCCUCAGCCGCCAGGCUCCGCGCCGCGUCCGCCGGCCUACACCUCGGCACUGCCGUUGCCGGGCUUUGCCGAUCUGCUGCCACCACCCCGGCGCUCGCCAGGCUCGCCGCCGCCGCUCCUCGCGCCGUCACCGCAGCGGCCGGGCUCUGCCGCCGACCCCUGGCGGUCAAAACUCCCCAGCGAGACCUGGUGGCAAUUCCUGGGCCGCAUGCGCGCAGCGGGCAUCCACCUGACGGCCAUGCCGGAGUCCGAGUGGGCUGGUCAAGGGCGGCCGCCACCGGAGGCGGACCCGCCACCGCUGUCAGCCAGCCGCAGCGCCUCGCCUGUGCACCAAGUGGCCCUUGGCUUCGCCGCGCCGCCGUCGCCGGCAGUGGCCUCGUCCGCAGCAGCUUCCGCUGCGCCCAGCCCGGCGGCUGGCCGCACACCCGAGCGCAUGACGUUCGACGCCCUGUUGCUGCGCCACGCCGCCGCGGAAGCGGCGGCGUCCUCCACCUACCCAGGCGCCCCGCCGCCCGGCCGCCCGGCGCCGCUGAGUCCGGCCGCGCCACACACCGCGGCCGCAGCGUCAUUGCUCCCGCCCAACGCCUCCUGCGCCCCCGCCGCGCCACUCGUGGCCCCAGAGCUGGGCCUCCCGCGCCUGCGACCCAUCAUGACCCGCGGCGGCAGUUCCUCAGCUGCGCCGCUGCCAUCCGGCGGCUGCGAUCUCGCCCCAUGCUCGCCGGCCAUGCCGCCACCGGUGGCGUGGCCGCCGCAGUCAGCCUCGGGGCCCGGGCUCCCGCCGCUGCCCACGGCCGCGCUCCCGGACCAAGCCUGGUCCGCACCGCCGUCGCAGCCCUCCCUCGGCGCCCCGUCGGGCCUCGCCGCUGGCCCGCCGCCACCAUCACCCUCGCUACUGGCCGAAGCCGAGGACCUGGUGGCGGCCUUCUUGCACCGCGUGCCGCCACACGCGCUCAUGAGCGCGCACGGGGCGGGUGGGGAGUUCGGAGGCUCCGCCACCUAUGACCCCGAGGACUCCGAGGACGACGAAGUGCCGCCCUUGAAUCCCCCAAGCGACGAUGAGGAGGACUUUGACGACGCUGGCGCCCGCGGGGGGCCCAGCUCUCACAUGACCACGGGACAGCUUCCGCCCGCCGACUCGCUGCGCGUGCUACCCACCGCCAUUCCCCUGGAGGCGGGCCCUGCGCUGCCGAGCUGCAACGACCCCGAAGGCCGGCGCGAACCACUGCCCCAUGACCUACACACCAAGCAGCCCGGCGGCUGGAUGCUAUACCAGAACCCUGACGCUACUGACGCUGACGUCAACCGGCUGCUGCGCCUGGUAGCGCAGUUCGACACCGGCGGCUCUGACGGGCUGUUCGCGCGCAGCCUGGAUGACCUCACGGGCUACCGUGGCGGAUGUGAUCCGGUGGAGAUCAACCUGUCGCACGACCGCUCCAUCUACGAGUGCCCGCGCAAGCACACGCCGGCCGAGUACGCCAUCAUGGACGCGAAGUGUGAGCAGCUGCGGCAAGCUGGCAUCAUCGUGCGUGCGCCCCCCGAGGCCAAGUACGCCAUGAACAGCACCAUGCCGGCCAAGCGCGCCCUGGACGGCACCAUGACGGACACGCGCUUCUGCCAGGACGCGCGGCGCCUGAACGAGGCCACCAUCCCAGACAGCCACCAGCUGCCACUGCCGGAGGACCUGUUCCAGCUGAUGGCCAACGCUAAGGUGUGGGCUAAGGCCGACGCACGUGCGGCCUUCAACCAGCUGCCCAUCAAGCUGGAGGACCAGCCCAAGACCGCGUUCUGGUGGCGCCGCGAGCUCUGGAUGUACACGCGCCUGCUCUAUGGGCUGCGCAACGCCACGUCCAACUUCCAACGCGUGCUGGACACCCACCUCCGCGACUGGGGCCUUGCGCACCGCGUAGUGGCGUUUGUGGACGACCUGGCGGCCUGGGCUGAGACUGUGCCGGAGCUCAUUGACGUGCUGUGCGGCCUGUUCCGCAUGCUCACCUCCAUUGGCAUCAAGCUGCACCCCGAGAAGACCGUGCUGCUAGCUGACGGCAUUGAGUUCCUCGGCCACUACGUCAGCCCGCGCGGCCUGCAGCCCACCGCCGCCAAGAUCGCUGCCUUCAUGGCCCUGCAACCCGCGACCUGCCUCUUGGAAUGCCAACGCCUACUCGGCUCUUUCGGCUACUACCGAGGGUAUGUCGACCACUACUCGGUCAAGAUGGCGCCUAUCACGGCGCUCACGGCCAAGGCAGUGGAAUGGGGCCCGGACACGUGGACCGCAGAGCAGCAGCGCGCCCUGGACGCCAUCAAGCACGAGUUUGCAGAAGGCGACCUGGUGCUGCGGCCGCUGGACCCCCAGCGUGAGCUCAUCCUGCACACGGACUGGUGUGAGGUGGGCAUCAGCGGCGUGCUGGGGCAGCUGGAUGACGACGCGCUGGAGUACAUGGUGGCCUGUGUCAGCCGCACCUGCAACGUGCAUGAGCGGCGCUACGGCAGCUACAAGGGCGAGUUGCUUGCGGCGGUGUGGGCUGUCCAGACGCUGCGGCCGUACCUGCACGGCCGCCGCUUCACUCUCGUCAGCGACCACGGGCCGUUGGAGUGGCUGAUGACCCAGCGCGACCUCACUGGCCAGGCCGCGCGGUGGGCGCUGAUCCUGCAGCAGUACGUGUUCAGCGUUGUGCACCGGCCCGGCAAGCUGCAUCAGAACGCCGACGCUCUCAGCCGCUGCCCGCUGCCGACGGACGUUGAUGCGGCUGGCGCGCGGCUGGACCAAGCGGAUGAGCCACCACCGCCGCCGCCACCCGUGGUGUUGUACCCCGGCCGCCGCCUGCCCGCCUACGCCCAGCCCCCCACCGCCACCGCCCUCACCACCAUCGCGGAGGCCGCUCUUCCGUCCGCCGACGGCUGGCUGCCGCGGCUUGCCGCGCACUUGGCCAGCUCCACGGGCGCUGCCUGGCCCUCCACCACCGUGGCCGGUGCCCGUGCCUCAGCCGUCUGCCUCGCCACGCUGCAUGCCAGCCGCGCCGCCGGGCCGGGCGCCUGCGUGGUGGACGGCUCGGACCUCCUGGCAGGCCACAACGGCACCACCAGCGAUGUCAGGGAGAUGGCGCCGGCGGCGGACACAGCGGUGCGCACAGCGGUGGCGCUGGUCAACCGGCAUGGGGCUAGCCUGCGGCAGCUGCGGCUGACGCCGCGGCUGCGGCUUCGGCUCUGCACUGCGCGGGGCAGCGUCGUAGGGCUCGACACCAGCCUGCAGCAGCACUCUUUCUUCGACGCAGCGCAGGGCGACGGCGUUGCAGUGCUGGAAGCACCCGGCGGCCUGGCUGCCGGGCUGCAGGCCUGCCUACGAUUGGGCAUCAAGGUGCGGCGCUACGUGUCCAUGGAGCCUCAGCCCGCAGUGCUGGGAGCCGUCGAGAAGCUGGUGCGGGCACUGGCCGCCGCCAACUCGCUGUGCCUGCCGCUUGCGGCCUGGCGGCAGGCCGGGGCGCCCCGGCAAACCGCACUGAGCGGCCUGCCGCUGCGCGACGGCGGGCAAUGGCUGGUCUUCGCCAGCUGGGGUAGCACCAACGGCUGGAGCGACGCUGACGCCCUCAGCUUCGUGGGUGGCCUCCAGCUGGCGCUCCGCAAGCAGCACUGCGCACCGCCGGCCUACCUCCUCCACGGCCCCACCACCACCCGCGCCGAGCAGGAGCAGCUGGGUUUCCCCUUUGGCCUGCCUGCGACGAUGGACACAGUGCAAGCGGGCGUCGCCGCUCACAGGCUGGUGACGCUGUACACCAACCUUGCGGCGGCUGAGCACCUCGCGGCUGUGCUGGAGCGGCUGCCGCCUGAGCCCGACCGCACCCUGGCGCAACAGCUGGAACCGGGCCGCCGCCCCAUGGUUGCGCUGCGGGUGGAGCCCCUACCCUACCGCCCAGCCCACGUCCCUGGCCAGCGACUGGUGGCCCUCCCGGCCGGGUCCGACGCGCCGCCAUUGCGCACAGUACCCGGCGACGAGCCCUGCCAUCUGUCAGUCACGGACUGGGAAGCGGUCCUCGGCCACCGGCCCGGCACUGCCGACACGCUACCGCCUGACCUGGCCAUCCCAGCCCUGCGCAACCCCAUCUCGCCCCGCACCGCCGCCACCGCCCUCGCCGCCUGCCUCGCCCUCCAGCGCAGCUACCUCACGCCCCACGACACGCAUGCCCCGCCGCCUCUGCGUGUGGCCCCGGCACCGUCGCCGCUGGGGGGGGGUGAGCCCGCGGGAGAGGAUGACCAAGCAACGGUCAUUGCGCGCGGGCUGCUACAGCGGCAGCCGGCGCCGGACCUUGCCUUCACCUUCUCCACGCUGGCCGCAGUUGCAGCAGACGCACAGGAGCAGGCGACUGCUACGGCAGAGAAUCAGAGCUGGACGGACGUGUGGGAGGAUGCAGAGGUCUUGGCGGCGCUGCGGGCCGGCGGGGCAGCAGCUGGGGGGGCAGCGCCACGACGGGUGACACGGCGUAUGGCGGACUACCGCUGGGUCAACGGGCAGCUGCUGCGCAACAUGUCGGACGGCCUCACCAGGGUGUGCCCGCCGCCGGACCAGAGGGUGGCGCUAACGCAGGCGGUGCAUCAGCGCACGGGCCACCUGGGCGUCAGGCGGACGCUGGCACUGCUGCAGACUGGGCACUGGUGGUACGGCAUGAAGAACACCGUGCGGCAGGUGCUCCGGGCCUGCCGCGCCUGCGACAUGAGCAACGCUCGCGGUGAGGCGCUGCCAUCCAGGCUCAGCCCGCUGCCGGUCAUGGGGCUCUUCUAUCGCCUCGGCGUGGACCUGGCCGGCCCUCUGCCGCCAUCGGAGCCGGACGGCAACCGCUACGUCAUGGUCGUGAUCGAGCACUUCUCAAAGCACGUGGAGCUGCUGCCGCUGCGCGACAAGACGGCGGCACGCACAGCCCGGGCGCUGGCGGACGUGUUCGCGCGGUUUGGCGCGCCGGCUGAGGUGCUGACGGACAACGGCAGCGAGUUUGAGGGCGAGUUCGCAGAGCUACUGGAGCGCAGCUACGUGGACCACCGCCGCACCUCGCCCGGCCAUCCCCAAGCAGAUGGUGCGGCGGAGCGCGUGGUCCAGGUGCUGAAGCAGGCGCUGCGGAAGACCUGCUACCUGACCGCCGACGCCAGCGCGUGGGAGCAGGCACUGCCAGAGCUGCUUCUGGGCUACCGCUGCUCGCCCCAGGCCUCCACCCGCUACUCGCCCUAUGAGCUCCUGUUCGGAGGUGUCGCCCCAGUCAUCCCACCUGCGGUGCGUGAGCGGAUCUCAGUGCCGUUGGACUUUGAGGACCCCGAGGCGGCGACGGCGUCUCUGCUGGCACGUAUGGAGUGGGUGCGGCAAGCCUACCCUGCCGCCGCCAGCAACCUGCUCAUCGCGCAGCACCGCGACACCCUGCGCUACUCCGCCAUCCGCACGGGACGCUACCUGGCGAAGCCAAUCACAUACGCACCCGGCGACUACGUCUACGUGCGGCGGGUGGACGCCGCGCAGCGCCCCACCCUGCAUUUUGGCCAGCACGACACCAUCCUGCGCGUGGAGUGCAUUGGGCCCCUGGGCGUGGCCGUCCUGGUCGGCCGCGACGGUGCCCGCGUGCGGCGCCGUGCUGAACACCUGCGCCCAUGCCACCUGGACAUCGACCCCGCCAUCGACCCGCAGCUGUUCCGCCCCCAGCGCGACCUGCAGUGCGAGGUCUGCGGCUCCCCGCACCAGGAGGCUAAGAUGGUGCUGUGCGACGGCUGCAACACCGGCUGGCACACCCACUGCCUGCGGCUGCCGCGUGUGCCCCGUGGCCAGUGGCUGUGCCCGCGCUGCAAGGAGCUGGACGCCGAAGAGGAGGUGCUGCGGGCAGGCUGGGCGGCUGAGGAGACUGGCGACGCUGCCGCCCCGGCGGCGGCGGCCGCUGGGCUGGCAGGCACGGCGGCUGGAGAGGCUGGCGCCGCGGCCGCAGCGCCCCAAUGCGGGGCCGCCGGCCGCCGCGAGCGGCGCGGUGUGCCGGCCGCGGCGGCUGAGAGCGAGGAGCUGGGCCGCCUGCUGUUCCCCCGAGCCCGCACCCGGCGGCUUGACGAGGCCGCCUCCGAUCUGGGGGGGCGGCGCGUGCGCAGGGCUGAGGAGGGACCGGACGGAGUGCUGGAGUACCUGGGCGCGCUGGCGCGGCCGCGGUACUUCCGCGUGCAGUGGAGUGACGGCGAGGAGCAGCAGCUGACGCUGGCGGAGGCGCGUCGGUUGCUCGCAGACUAGGUUGGCGGGGAGUGAGGAGGGUCGGGCAGGGGGCUAUUCAGAGGUUCACGAGGGAGAGGGCUAGGGGGGCGAGCGCUGGGGGGGCAGUGGGCUUUGUGCAGCGGCUCGCAGCCUGUCUCCACCACGGCUUGAUCAGGCCUUGAGCGUCAGCCUGCCGCACCUACGCCAGAGGCGAUUCAGCGGACUGGGCUAUGGGAGGCAGUGAGCGGAGCCAGGAGCCGCCAUGGCCAUGCAUUGCCCCCGGCGGAAGGGCCGGGACAGCCGGCGCCUUGAGGAGCGUCAGCAUUUAGUAGGAGUAGCGAACGUACGGCUGUGGGGGCAGGUGGGGUUAGGCAGAGCAUGUUAGUGCAGGAGUAGGUAGGGUGCAGGCCCAAACCGCGGGACCACAUGCGUGCGAAGUUAUGUGUGAGGCCCAAACUACGGGACCUGAUGCGUGCCGUUGGUUGGCUGCGUGCGUGUGCUCGUGCCCUUGCUGUGCGUGCUGCCACCGGUCACUAGUACAACCAUGCCGUCGUUAGGACCCCGGACAUGUUUGUGGGGGGGACUUCAGCCCCCGGUGGCAGCCCUAGAGCAAAACAUGGCUGGGGCGUGACAGCUGUCGUGCGCCGUUGCCGGCGUGUGUCAUUCACCGGCAACCAGUGCCUGAGUAUGAGUCAUGAGGCGGGUAACAGCGUGUGAACUUAGGAGCGGGAAGUUACCCCAGCGGUUGAGAACUGACGAGCUGUGGGUGGGUUGUGCGAACUACGUCCCGGUGUGUGGCUAGAGGUUUGGCGUCUGUGGUUUAAUUGUAGCCGUGUGACGGUGGUGUCUCUCUGGCUCUGGCGUCACCUUCGCCUGCACUGCGCAGGGCGAAGGCUCGUGGGCUCGUGUUGGAGGCGUUGGGCAGCUGGUCAUGCGGGCGCUGAGCUGAGGAGGAGCUGCGUUGGGGGUCUGUUUGCCGUGGUGCUUUAUAAGUGUGUGCUCAGGGGAGCUUGGGGUCCAGGCUUCGUAGACGGGCGGUUGGCUUGCCCUGCUGGGUGGUGAGCGUUGGGUGUCGGGCAGGGGGCCGCCCAUGCAGGAGGCGGUGGCUCCCUAGUCCCGCAACACCGGCCCUGGCCCGGUGUUGCGGUGUUGCUCUCUCUCACACGACCUAUCGUGCGUAGCUUUGUGAAAGCAUCGGAGUGA